UCAUCGAAUGAAUCAUCAUCGAUACAAUCGAUAUCUAUACAAUCGAAUAAUUAUUUGGAUGAAAAAAUCCAUUCUUUACCGAAACAUAUUGGCAAAGAAGAAAAAAGAAUGAAAAAACAUCAUCGGCAGCAACAGAAUUCUCAACCGACAAAAUUUCCAUCAACAACAACAACACAACCAUCAUCAUCAUCAUCAUCAUUAACCAUCAAUGAUCAAUAUUAUCGAUCAAUGACACAAGAAUUUUUCAACAAUUUUCUCAAUCAUCAACAAUCCGCACAACAAUUUCAAUAUGGUCCUUCAUUUGGUUGUUCGGAAUAUUUUUUUGAACAAUAUUUUCAUCAUUAUUAUCAUCAUCAUCAUCCACAACAACAAAAUUCAAUGAUAAAUUCCGGUCAAAUUGAUUCAUCAAGGAAUUUUCAGAAUUUUUUUGAAAAUUAUUUUAAUCCAGUAAAUUUUCCCAUGAUACAAAAUUAUGAUUUUUUACCGAAAACAGCAACAUCAUCGGCCUCAACAAUGUUUCCGGCAAAUAAUUUCGAUUUAGAUUUGAUAAAAAAUUCAAUGACCAAAUUAAAUUGUCAACAACAACAACAACAACAGCCGGAAACAACAAUAACAUCAACAACAACAUCGACAGCAACAUCGACAACAGCAAAUAAUGUAAUGAAAAAACAACGUCCAAAACGUUUUCAAUGUCCACAUUGUCAAGUGUCCUUUUCAAAUAAUGGUCAAUUAAAAGGUCAUAUUCGUAUUCAUACGGGUGAAAGACCAUUCAUUUGUGAUCAUCAAAAUUGUGGUAAAACAUUUACUAGAAAUGAAGAAUUAACACGUCAUAAACGUAUACAUACUGGAUUACGUCCAUUUUCUUGUAAUCAUUGUAAUAAACGUUUUGGUCGUAAAGAUCAUCUGAAAAAACAUGUUAAAACACAUCAACGUCCACCACAAUUACCAACAUCAUUUUUAACAAGACCAUCACUAACAUCAUCAUCAUCAUCAUCAUUAUCAAUGACAUUGGCAAAUUUUCCAACAAAUAUUGUUUCAACAUUAUCGAUGCCAUAUUCAUGGAAAUGACUGAUGACCAAUUUGUUUUACCUUGUU